UAUUCCACCGACUGGAAACACAUUCAUGAUAUAGUUUGGGUUUGACACGACUCACCGGUAUUUCUGAGCUCACGCUGCCAGAGUAAUUCAAUUGGUAAAAUGUCUGAAGCUUUAUUGCAGUGGUGUGUGGACCAGUUACACCACAAGUUCGGCUUGGAGGCGUGUGACGAGAUCGUCCAGUACAUUCUGUCCAUUGAAAAGGCUGAAGAGAUUGAGGAGUAUGUGGGGGACCUCCUUCAGGGCACCGAUGGGAGAAAAGGGCUGUUUAUAGAUGAGCUCCUCAGCAGAUGGAAGAAGACUCAAAGACAGUCUACAGAUACAGCAGGUCUCUUUGUCCUCAAGGAUACUGUGUCAUCAACAGAUAUACAAGACACGACCAAAGAUACCCAGAAGAAGUCUAAGCGCAAAGGUCGUAACAAACAGGAGAUGAUGACUGUUAGCGUAACAGAGCCUGAACCUGAAGCAGUCAAAACGCCCAUCGAUCUGAGGAGGGCCCAAGAAAGCGGUAAUACCUCCUCAACAAAGAAGAAAACCAAGUUUGUCAAUCUUUAUGCAAAAGAGGGCCAGGACAAGCUGGCUGUUUUACUCCCAGGCCGACACGCUUGUGAGUGCCUUGCUCAAAAACACAAACUUAUCAACAACUGCAUCAGCUGUGGCCGAAUUGUGUGUGAGCAAGAGGGCUCAGGACCCUGUCUCUUUUGUGGAAGCCUGGUUUGCACAAAAGAGGAGCAGGAGAUUCUACAACGAGACUCCAACAAAAGCCAGAGACUCAGAAAGAAGCUUAUGGGAGAUUGUGGAGACCGAGAGAUUCUCCCACACCAGGAGGCAAAGAUGAAGGCUGGGCUGGAGAAAGCUGUUCAGCACAAAGACAAACUGCUGGAAUAUGACAGGAACAGUGUCAGGAGAACGCAGGUUCUAGAUGAUGAAUCAGAUUACUUUGCCACUGAAUCCAAUCAGUGGCUGUCUCCCAGCGAGAGAGAAAAGCUGAGGAAAAAGGAAGAAGAGCUGAGAGAACUUCGCCAUGCGUCUCGCAAGGACAGGAAGAUCACACUGGACUUCGCUGGUAGACAAGUGUUAGACGCAGGAAACAACCUGAAUGAGUACUACGACAAGUUGGAUGAGGCCCUCAAAGCCAUGAACAAUGAAUCAACGUCACGGUCACCAGGAUUUUCUGAACAAAAAGGUGGAAGGCAGACCCUCAGAGAGCUGGUUAACCCAAAUAUUACGCAGUCUGCACCAGAAUGGGUGAGUGUUGGAGGCAGUGAAAAGCACAAGAGACAAAAGACGCAAGACGGACAGUUGACGGAGAACAGGGGAGGAGAGGAACGUAACAGGUUGCGGCUCCAAGAUAAAGAGCUGCAGGAAAUGUCCGAUGGCGGCUGGUGCCUCAGCAUGCAUCAACCAUGGGCAUCCCUGCUGGUCAAAGGCAUAAAGAGGGUUGAAGGACGGACCUGGUACACGUCGCACCGGGGUCGACUUUGGAUUGCUGCUGCAGCCAAGAAACCCACACCACAGGAGAUCGCAGAGGUGGAAGCCAUGUACCGCCACCUCUACAAGAAAGAGCCCAGAUUUCCUAAAGACUAUCCCACUGGUUGCCUGUUGGGUUGCGUCAACAUGACUGACUGUCUGUCUCAGGAGCAGUUUAGAGAACAGUUCCCUGAUACCUGUGAAGAGUCUGCUUCUCCAUUCGUCUUCAUGUGCACUAACCCCCAGGAGCUGCUGGUGAAAUUUCCCAUGAAAGGGAAGCACAAGAUCUGGAAGCUGGACAGUCACUACCACCAGGGUGCCAAGAAGGGGCUGGUCCCAUCAGCUACAGAGUGAUGCUGGAGAAAAAGCUCGGGAGGAACAUGGCAAAUUAUCUUUUCUGAAAAAUUGGUCUCAAUUUGUGCUGGAUGCUAUUACCAGUGUUGGCUCUGUCUUUGGUUUAAUCACUUGCAGUUGCUUUUUGCAUAUGGAAUAUCGGUUUAAACUCCCAUUACAAAGAUAUAAAAUGAGUGCACUUAUUAGGACAAAUUUCUACAUAACGUCUUUGCAAUUGUUUUUCAUAAAUAAAAACAAGCUGCUUUUUUGUUGCAUAUACACUUGAAAAUACUUGUCUUCUUUUUC